AUGGCUGAACUUGCACAACCUCCACAACCUCUCCGCGCUCCUGCCCGCGCGCAGAGGUGGAGACACCACCAGGAUGACCGCGAGCCAGACCGCACUGGCGAUGGAUGGAAUCUUGCACUCAUGAGCCACAUUCAAAGACGCCAACGCGAGACUACCUUGCUUAACGUCAUCAAAGAUCUCACCGGUCUUCUGUGGACUAGGGAUCGACGACGGCCGGAGUUGCUGCCGUCCUUCGCUCAAGAUGCAUUUGGCAGUCUUUCUGAGAUGGCCUUUGCCGACCGGCUCUUAGGACCUUCAGACCCAGCGUUACAGCGCCCUCUUCAUCCUCCUUCCCCGCCUCCCCCACGGGCCGAAGAGCCUUUUCGGGGGACGCUACGAGAGAUAGGCGACUCAACUGCUGAGGAUGACACAGCGAGUCAACCGCAAACGGCUGGGCACCGGUGUCUUUGGGCAACGAUAAAGGGUCGGUUGAUCACUGGAGGUCUAUACAAAGAAAGGCGUGGUCCUUGCGGGGGGGAUGGAGACGGCCUUACUGGGCUGGGAAACCGCAUCUUGAGCUCGUACAGAUCCGAAUUUUGGCGCUUCAUCCUACUCACUCGGGAGAUCUGUGUGGUCUCUACGAAGUCGUGGACCUCGAGACGAGGAUCCGGGAACUAUAUAAUAAGAUGCUGCUACGAUGAAGACAGAUGGCAGUGCUGGCAUGGCGUAGGCUGUGACGGCUUCUGGGGAGAUGAAAAUGCUGACUACUACGAAUAUUCUGGCUGUUCUUACGCGAGGUAUUGUGGCAUGGAGGAGCAAAUGAGAAGGCUGGAAGAGAUAUCGAAACUGGAAGCCGCUGCCCUGUGGUCAGCCACCUUGGAAAACCCGAUCCUGGCCGCUGGGAACUCCCUCUUCCCUGCAGGAUUGGUGAAAUCGCCCAAGGCUUUCUACGAAGAUCUUCAUAGGGCGCGUGGGACUGGCCACGUUCGUGGACUAGCACACAUGAAAUUCACAGGCUUUCGCGUCGUAUGGCCUGAGGAAGAGCCAGAGUUCAUCUUCGCUAUGAGAUGCUGCGGCGGUAUUGUGCUUUUGUGUCUGGGGAUUCUUGGAGCUCGCAUCGCUUAUGAGGAUUGGGGAAUAGCGUAUACUGCUGGAGCAUUUUUCGUGGCACUGAUCGGGAUAGUUCUGAUCUGGCCUCGGCAGCCUGGGGCUCCUGCCGCCACUAAGAGCAAGACGGCGUGA